GCUAAAAGGUGCUCGCUCCCUCAGGCGGUGCUGUUUGUUUGGCUCUCCCUCAUUUAAAUCUCACGAUACAUCGACAACACCCUCGCUCGCUGCUAUAAGUCAAGGCUGCAUCUAGGCGCCCUCAUUACGAUUGCACCUGUAAUUGCACCUGGUCUACACGUGCGCUAACACCGUAGGCCCCUGGUCGCGGAUCUCAUCCUCGUUCAUCGCCCCCCUUACCGCUCUGGGCCCUCUGAAACGAGCACAGGACCUGUUUGACCAGGCCGGCUCGUACCCUCACGGUGCACUGUCGCUGCAGCCCUUCACCCCAAAACUCCCAGCGACGUUCCUGCGCUGUGCUGCUUCUCGCUUCCUCUCCCGCUCCACCGAUCAAUUGCAGCGUUGCGCCGCCAUAACAGCAGCAUUAAGAGCUGUAACGCCCGGCACACUUGCUCUAUCCGAAACACGGCAAGACCUAGCUCGCUCUCCGCCUACCCAGCACACUAUGACGAACUCGCUGGAGUCCUCGCGACCCAUGCUGUCCAGCUCGGCCGGCAACCGCGCCUCGACCCGCAUGUCCACCUACAGCGCCACGCCCACCCUCACACCUUCGAUCGCGCCCUCGCACCUCUCAGAUGCCUCAACAUCCGGCGACCCCAAGUCACAAGACAUCAAGACCUGGAAUGCCGGCUUCGAGCGCCUUGAGGACAAGCGCCUCGUCCAGCAGCGCUACAUCCCCAGCGACAACAAGACAGCGGAUAUGAGCAAGCUGGCACUAGGCGCGAAGGUGCAGCGCGCUCUCGACCGCCGCAUGUCCAGCCAGGACGCCGUCUUCACCAACAAGGGCCUCAACGAGAAGAAUAUUCGGGUGUAAACGUCACGGCACCUACACGAUCGACUUCGACACCAUUCUGCAGCACACCACUGGCACUCGGUUACGGUUUUCACAUCACAUCAUGCAAGAUAUCUCUUGUUCACGCGCGGCGCGGCGCCGUGGAGGAUGAACAGACUGCCACCGGGCAGCUCUGCACUUGAAGGACGCGAAUGGACUGCACUGCAGCCACAAACCUCACGAAGACGGCAGCGGAGGACAUGAGGAGGUUCAUCAAGCACUGCAGUUUUCGCUCAACACUAUACCACGGGAGUUCUGCUUUUCAUCACACUCUCCUAGCACCUAAUUUUCGGCCUUCUCAGAGGCCAUGUAUAUCUUAGCAAGCUUUCGGCGUGGGAGGGGUUUACCAUGGGUUUUCACACCAACAUCAAUCAACGAGCGAGUUCAAUUCAAU